GCAGUGAACAUCUACUCACCGUCCAGCCUUCUUCUAAGCAGUCCAAACCAAACAAGUCAUCAAACUCAGACCGCGCGUCUUCCUCAUUUUGAUUUUUAAUUUGGUUUUUUUUUUGUUUGUUUUUUUUUCGUUUCAGACCCAUCUUUGGGUGCUUCUGUUGGAUUUUUUUUUCCUAGGGAAGUGCAGCUUUCAAUCGCAACCGAGACUUCUCAAAUGUAUAAAAUGGAGUAUUCUUACCUAAAUUCCUCUGCCUACGAGUCAUGUAUGGCCGGGAUGGACACGUCGAGCUUGGCAUCGGCCUACGCGGACUUCAGUUCGUGCAGUCAGACUAGCGGCUUCCAGUACAAUCCCAUCAGGACCACUUUCGGGGCCACCUCCGGCUGUCCUUCCCUAACGCCGGGGUCCUGCAGUCUGGGGACCCUGCGGGAUCACCAGAGCAGCCCGUAUGCCGCAGUUCCCUACAAACUAUUCACCGAUCAUGGUGGGCUGAACGAAAAGAGGAAGCAGAGGCGCAUCCGGACUACGUUCACCAGCGCGCAGCUAAAGGAGCUGGAGCGGGUUUUUGCGGAGACCCACUACCCGGACAUCUACACCAGAGAGGAGCUGGCACUCAAGAUCGAUCUGACUGAAGCCAGAGUGCAGGUGUGGUUUCAAAAUCGUCGCGCGAAAUUCCGCAAGCAGGAGCGUGCAGCUGCAGCGGCCGCAGCGGCUGCCAAGUCCAGUUCCGGGAAGAAGUCCGACUCCAGAGACGAAGACAGUAAAGACACCAAAACUACCGACCCAGACAGCACGGGAGGACCGGGGCCGAACCCGGUUCCCACUUCCAACUGCGGCGGACCGAGCCCCACCACAGGCCAGGUCAACACCACCGGGAACGGACAGGUGGACCAAGUGAAGACUUCCGUAUCCACUGGCAUGGGAGUGACGGCACCAAGCCAAGGCUGGGCCGCCGCACCCGGGACCAUCACAUCCAUCCCGGACUCGUUGGGCGGGCCAUUCGCCAGCGUACUGUCGUCUUUGCAAAGACAGAACGGAGCUAAAGCGACACUAGUAAAGACGAGCAUGUUCUAAUGAAGCUUAGAAAACCCGAGCAGAGUUCUCUGGAGACUGAAAAGCAAUCGCCCAACACAGACUGGAGGACAAUAAAAAACAGAUAGAAAAACAGAUGAAUAUGGUUAUUUUAUUUUUACCUUGCGCUUUUCCUUGUGGUCAACAAUUUUCCUGUAAAAUAUCCAUCUUGACAAGUCACACUUUCACAUUGAGACUAAAGCAAGUUGGGUGAACUGCUACCACCUUCUCAUAUUCAAGUCUGAGAGCUAUUUACCUACAAAACAGCGAAACGGGCUAUUUACUUUCACUUAAAAUGUAGAACGGCGUCAUACAUACCUCACCUUAAUUUAGUUUUAGAAAAAAAGAUGUUGGAGCAAAUGACUUGUUCAGAUGUUUAUUUUUGUUCUCACUGUGGGGAAAAAAAACGAAGGUUGGCACACUGGAAACGCGCGGUGCCAUCAGAAAGCAAAGGAGCCUCGUUAAAUCUCAUUCAGAGUGAGAGUUCAACAGCUGCUUCUGUUGGCUACAGAGGCGCCUGACAGCCAUGACUGAGGACCCUCUGACACAACCAUCCACCGACGCGUUUUUUCUUCCCUCUAGACACAGCCAACUGUGUGGAAACUGCGGUAUUUUUUGUUUCUUAGGGCUGCAGAGAGUUUAGUUUCUUUAAAUUGUCUCUACAAACACACUUAUUUCCUCGAUAUUAAAAAAGGCACAAACUACUGCAAUGUUCACGUCAGACAGGAAAUCUAUGUUUUGUGUGUCUUUCUACGGCAGUGUUUUGUGGCUCAAACUGUAUAGUGUUAUUACGUAUUCUUGUCUCUUAUAGUUGAACCAUAGGCCAUAUUCCCUCGUAGAUCGACCAUACAAGUCUUUUUGAUGUUUUACUAAAAUUCCCUCGGAAAAAUUUAUUUUGGGUAUUAAAAAAAGGGGGGAUGGAUGCAGACAUUGUAUUUAUUUCUAUAUAAUUUGCAUGUUGUCUUUUUGUCUGGUUUAAAAUGAUUUUUCUCCCAUUUUGUGAGCAUUAUGUAACAUGUUUUGUCCAGGAUCUGAAAGUUAUUUAUAUGUAGGUAUUGAAUGCUUAUAUUUAAGAAGGAAAUAUUUCUACAUGUGCACAUAGUUUUCAAGGUGUACCAUUGAAAUGAUUGUUGAUGAUAAAAAAAUAAUAGUUCAAGCUUGCUUUUGUCAUUUUUUAAAGAAGUUCAAGAAGCGACCAUUAUUCUUUAAGUCUAUAUAGAUUAACUGGGAUUGUAAAUCUCAUCCCGGUGGUUUAAAAAGUCCGUCGAUUUCAGCACCAAGGACAGUUCCGGGGCGGUUUCUAAUUCAUUUAGGCCCCAUGGAUUCUUUAAUAAUAACCAAACAAUCACAUCUUUGCUCCCCCAAAACAAACAAAACAAAAUCUGGUUUUCACUUGACAAAACAUUACAGCGAUUCUGUUUCAUCAACUUUGACGUUUUUACACAUCGAAGAGUAGAUAAAUUAAAAAAUUUAUUUAAAACAAAGCAUACUGGCAGUGUUCUUUUUUCUUUUUUUUCUAUUUUGCUUAAAAAUACCUAACAUUAGUAAUUGUUAAAAAAAAAUAACAUCAGAAGCAUGACAAAAAAAGCAUAAAACAAAUAGUUUAUGAAAAUAAAAAAAACGACCAAAUAACCAGACAAGUAAAAAUAGGCUAAAUAAAACAAAGUAACCUUUUAAAAAAAUUAAAUAAAUAAUAAAAAAAAAAUUAUUCUGCUUAGCAAACAGAAAAAAAGUCAAGAAAAAUCAUACAGCAAGAUUGAUUUAGUUGGAUAAAAAAAUAUAUUGUUUACUAAAUUCUGUUUUAACAGUAAAUAAGAAGUGAAUAAAUUACCAAAGUCAUACACUCCCAUCAUUGUUCCAGACAGAAUUUUUAAGGCAAUUGAUACAAAAUAAUAAAAAUUAAUGCCAUUUUGUCAUCUAUAUUAAAUUGAGAACAAAUAUUAUUGUUGAAUUAUUCCCAAGCAUUAACCACAAUCUUUGCAGAAUCUUUCUACAUUUACUAUACUUCAAAACUAAAUGUAUGCAUUUUGUUCAGUUGGUCAUUAAGUCUUUGCACUAUUUAGAAUCAUGUAAAAGAUAUAUGGAAAAAGGUGAUGUGGAAGGAUUUGCAUUUUCAAUAAAAAAAUAAAAAUAAAAUAAUAAUAAAAUAAAAAAAUCGGACUUUAAUUUUCCAGCAAAUAUGAGCAACAACUUUUUCUUACAUUUCCAGGACUUUCCAAAUGUCUGUCAGCCACUUGUUUUGCAAUAAAAGAAAAGAAAUAUAUCUUUGAUU